UUUUUCCGUUCGCCUCUCCACAGCUCACACCCACUCCACUUUCGAACCUCCUAAUACUGCCGUGCUCACGCACUCCCUUUCGCCAGAUAGGGCGUCAAUUUGCGCUGUACGUAUCUCAUCCUCUGCCACCAUGGCCUUGCUUCGAGCGGCGACAUUGCUGACGGCAGUGACGGCAACGGCGGUGGCGGCAUCCGCCGGCGAUGGUAAUACCCCGCGGACCUGCCUCGCUGCCGGCGCCGCCCAGCCGUCUCCCGAAAGCGUCGGCCUCCUGAGCACCCCCUGGCUCCGCGACGUCGCAGAAGCCCACCACUACGGCGCUUCGAUAUUGACCUGGGCCCCUUGGAUUCGUUCGAGUACGGCGGCGGUCGGGUCGUUGGGCAAAGUUACCUCUCCUCCUCCUCCGGCUGCGGCAGUUGCGGUCGACGCGUCGUCGUGCACGUUGAAGAAUAUCGCAUCCUUCCUGCUCUCUUCGCCAUGGGCGAGAUCUACGGAACAGGGAAAGAAGGGAGGAGUGAGGUCUCCCGGCGGGGGCGGGGCUUUCGAGGGCAUGCUGGGCUCGGCUCCGUGGACGAUCGACGACGCGGCACCCUGUAUGCUUUCUGACGCCCCGUGGACCCGGACUAAUGGAGUACAAAGUGAGAUGCUGUCGAAGGCUUGGACUCGCAGCGAUGAUGCUGAAGGCGGGAUGUUGUCCAAGGCUUGGACUCGUACGGACGAUGCUGAAGGCGGGAUGUUGUCCAAGGCUUGGACUCGCACGGACGAUGCUGAAGGCGGGAUGUUGUCCAAGGCUUGGACUCGCACGGACGAUGCUGAAGGCGGAAUGCUUUCAAAGGCUUGGACUCGCAGCGAUGAUUCAGGAGGCAGGAUGCUGUCGAAGGCUUGGACUCGCAGCGAUGAUGCAGAAGGCGGGAUGUUGUCCAAGGCUUGGACUCGCAGCGAUGAUGCUGAAGGCGGGAUGUUGUCCAAGGCUUGGACUCGUACGGACGAUGCUGAAGGCGGGAUGUUGUCCAAGGCUUGGACUCGCACGGACGAUGCUGAAGGCGGGAUGUUGUCCAAGGCUUGGACUCGCACGGACGAUGCUGAAGGCGGAAUGCUUUCAAAGGCUUGGACUCGCAGCGAUGAUUCAGGAGGCAGGAUGCUGUCGAAGGCUUGGACUCGCAGCGAUGAUGCAGAAGGCGGGAUGUUGUCCAAGGCUUGGACUCGCAGCGAUGAUGCUGAAGGCGGGAUGUUGUCCAAGGCUUGGACUCGUACGGACGAUGCUGAAGGCGGGAUGUUGUCCAAGGCUUGGACUCGCACGGACGAUGCUGAAGGCGGGAUGUUGUCCAAGGCUUGGACUCGCACGGACGAUGCUGAAGGCGGAAUGCUUUCAAAGGCUUGGACUCGCAGCGAUGAUUCAGGAGGCAGGAUGCUGUCGAAGGCUUGGACUCGCAGCGAUGAUGCAGAAGGCGGGAUGUUGUCCAAGGCUUGGACUCGCAGCGAUGAUGCUGAAGGCGGGAUGUUGUCCAAGGCUUGGACUCGUACGGACGAUGCUGAAGGCGGGAUGUUGUCCAAGGCUUGGACUCGCAGCGAUGAUGCUGAAGGCGGGAUGUUGUCAAAGGCUUGGACUCGUACGGACGAUGCUGAAGGCGCAAUGUUAUCCAAGGCUUGGACUCGUACGGACGAUGCUGAAGGCGGGAUGCUGUCGAAGGCUUGGACUCGUACGGACGAUGCUGAAGGCGGCAUGUUGUCCGAGGCUUGGACUCGCAGCGAUGAUACUGACGGCGGGAUGCUUUCCAAGGCUUGGAGCCGUGACCUCAAUGGCGGCCCACCUGUGACAGGGCUGUUAUCUUCCCCGUGGACUCGCGACGUCAACGGCGGCGCGCCUGUGGCGGGAAUGCUGUCUUCUCCGUGGAUCCGUGACCUCACCGGCUGGGCGCCCUGGGGAGGGAUGUUGUCUUCGCCUUGGGUCCGCGACGGCGGCGUGCCUGUGGCGGGGAUGCUGUCCUCUCCGUGGAGCCGUGAAGUCAAGGGCGGGGCGCCUGUGACCGGGCUGCUUUCGUCGCCGUGGAGUCGUGAAGAAGUCAGUGUCGCUGCGUGAGGGCAGAAGAUGAUGAUAGCGCCCAACAGCAAAAGGUGUCAAACGGCGAUGCGGUGAGCGAAGCAGUUUAUUUGUGGUUUGCCACCUGUGCCAAGUACAGCAAUGGUUUUCUCUCCGACGCACGUCUUUGGUGCUGACAUGCUGCGCCAAAGACCCCAUUGUGCGACGGGCACGGACGGGCACGGGGACGUCAAGCUGCAUGUACCCUAUCGCGGAUUGUUUGACCGGUGUAAUCCACCCCCCCGUACACCACCACCCCCGCCGCUCCCGACCAAUGGUUCGUAUGUACUCGAAGUUUUUUUUCUGUGCGAUGUAAGAAAGCAGUGUAGAUGGGUUCAUCCCCCGCCCAGCCGCGCUCGUGCGCGCCCGUGUCAUCGCCCCCGCCUCUCUCCCCACCUGUUCUUUCAUCUUUGUGAGAUGUAGAUCCCCCCCGGCGCGCGCCCGUGUUAUGGGUUGUAUCCGUGUGUUCAUACAUGUACCCGGAGACGCGGACGAUUUUGGCGUUGGGUUGGCCUCUCAGUAAAGAGAGGGAAGAGGGUGUAGGGGGGGGGGAUUGGUGUAUGGUGUACUCGUUUGUCGUGAAACAUGAUCUCGUUGGAGGUCUUUUUUUUGGCGGCAGAGAAUGCCUGCAUGUGAACAUUCUACAAUUUUGGAUGUUUUUGGCGCGAGCAAGGUAAGCAUGCUUGAACUUGCCCACGAGGUCGUCUUGUUCUUGAAGGAACCCCCCCCCCACAGCAAUCGCAAUGUGAUUCGGUGCAAGGGACACUUGUUCUAGCGGCCACCGAUCACUCAUUGGGCGAGCUCUUCUGUCCGCACAACAUUGUGCGACGAUAAUUCGCGGAGGGUACAGCGAAAGGGAGGGAGGUCGAGGGUGGGGUGGACGAGGAAGGGAGGGGUUGAAAAAGAAAGGACUGUUUUGUUCAGCUCCGGUCGGCUCGGCGUGCGUGAUGCGUGCAUCGAGAUAUCUACUGUAGGUAUGGAAAGUAUCGGAGAGACACGAGUUGAAGGGGGACAAGGCAUCGCGUCGGUAGCGUCGUGUUGCUGUUUCUAGACAUCUUUGCAGCUGCCCCCCCCCCCCUCCCGACCCUCAACAUUGAUCUGACAGUUUUACUCAUUUCUGGAGCAUCGUGCAGUAGUAGUACAUGGUAGACACGCAAGGCCCAUUUUGAAGGACAUGUUUUCGUCAUGCAUUGCAGAGUAUGGCAUGCCUGCAGCACUACGCACUCUGGGGCACUUCUGCACUAGGCAGCUCCUUUUUUUGAGUAGGUGAAGAAGACGACCUGGAGUACAUGGGCACGUGUGCAGAUAUCAUAGUACAAGGAGGCCUAAGGUCCUGGCAAGAAGAGAGGAGAACGCGUUGAUUGCUCUCCGAUAAGUAAACAGCGAUGAAUGCGUGCUCAUCUUUCGUUCUCCAAACGAUAUCUGUCUUCCCUGCCCUUUGACAUGAGAUGCAGUGAAGCGGAUGAUGAUGCAUCUUGGAAGCGAGUGCAGACAGACACGCGUCCGUCUGAACAUAGUCAGUCUUGACUGACGAUCAAUUGACCGCGCUAACCGGUUGACCAAAUAAGAGAGCCGGUAGCAGUCUUGAAUCAGGACACACAAAAGCGCGGAAGUGAGAAACGCCAUCCUUACGCGGACGAAUGGAUCCCCUUAACAUCACGGGGUGGGCUUGG